AUGAGGGACUCCACCUUCUGGAAGAGCCGAGAUGCACAAAGGGAUGCAGCCACCCCCUACAACUUACGACCGGUAUUAACGGACAUUCCGGCUUCCGGCUUGGAUAAUCUCUUCAUCCUGGUACAAAGCCGGUACAAGUUUGUACUUGUGUACACUAUCUGUACCUCUGGAAAGUGGAGGUACAAGGUACAGGUACCUACUGUACGCUUCGGAAGGUCAGGGGUCAUCUCUUCAUCAUCCGUCUCCAAAGGGUUGUCGGAUAACGGAAUAAAAAUAGGAGGGGUGGUGUGGUUAGCUCUGGUAGCUUCGUCUCCAGUCCAACCGGACUGUCCUGUCCAUUUCCUCAGCAACGUCGAUCGAAUCGGUUCCAGAAUAAACUACGCCAAUGUCGAAACAGCGCUGAGGAAAGAAGCCUUUCCCGCCAAACUGACGUCACAUCCUGUUCGCGCUUAUUUGUACUAUUUCUCUCUAGGAACCGCUUCGCCUCGUCGAGUUAACCUCUAA